CCUGUGAUUUCGCAGUUUUUGUUUCGCAUUUGCGACUUGUUGCGGUGGACCGGGUGGACCGUGGAAGUACAGUGCGUUUAAAAAUUUUGUGUCGAAUUUUUAUUUUUUAAAAGUGCUCCAUAUAUUUGAGCAGGCCAUGUGGAAGGUGCUAAUACUAUCGUUGAGUCUGCUCAACUUGUACGGCGAGUGCAAAUGGCACGAUGAGCGCCGGAGCAGCCAUCACAGACAAUAUGAACAGCUGAAGACGAAUGAGAUUGCUACAAAUGCCCCCGCUCCACCUGAUCACACUAAGUUAGUUCAGAUGGCAAGAUAUGUGCUGCACAACUCUGCAUGGGCUUCUAUCGCUACGAUAUCCACGCUACCAGCGAUCGAGGGAUUCCCGUUUUCAAAUGUUAAAUCUAUUGUUGAUGGCUCACUAGCAAAUUCUACUGGUGUUCCAUACUUCUACAUGUCACCUCUGGACUUCACUGCUCGUGAUUUGACGAAAAACAGCCGCGCCACAGUUCUCGUUUCAUUGGAAGAGACUAGAUACUGCGAUACUCAGAAUUGGGACCCGGAAGACCCUAGAUGCACUAGACUCAUGCUUUCGGGCAAGAUGAAGAAGAUCAAGGAAGGAACGCCGGAGUAUAAUUUCGCGAAAGGAGCUUUGUUUGAAAGGCACCCAGACAUGGCUAACUAUCCACCAGACCACGACUGGUUCGUCGCUAAGUUGAAAAUAGCCCAAAUCGCGAUGGUGGAUUGGUUUGGGGGAGCCAAGUAUGUUCCGGUGAAGGAUUAUUUGGCCUACAACUAUACGACGAUGGAUGUUACAAGCCUUGGGGUUACACUGCGGUAACACAUUUAACAAAAAAUAUGCUUAGAUUUAAAUGUAUAAAAAUGUA